AUGGGGAGGGUCGGUGGGUUUACCGGACACUCGCCCGCAGGGUGGGGCGCGGACGGGGGAGGGUCGGUGGGUUUACCGGACGCUCGCCCGCAGGGUGGGGCGCGGAUAGUGGGGGGGCGGGUGGGUUUACCGGACACUCGCCCGCAGGGUGGGGCGAGGACGGGGAGUGUCGGUGGGUUUACCGGACACUCGCCCGCAGGGUGGGGCGAGGACGGGGAGUGUCGGUGGGUUUACCGGACGCUCGCCCGCAGGGUGGGGCGCGGACGGGGAGGGUCGGUGGGUUUACCGGACGCUCGCCCGCAGAGUGGGGCGCGGGUGGGUUUACCGGACACUCGCCCGCAGGGUGGGGCGAGGACGGCGAGUGUCGGUGGGUUUACCGGACACUCGCCCGCAGGGUGGGGCGCGGGUGGGUUUACCGGACGCUCGCCCGCAGGGUGGGGCGCGGACGGUGGGUUUACCGGACGAUCGCGCGCAGGGUGGGGCGCGGACGGUGGGUUUACCGGACGCUCGCCCGCAGGGUGGGGCGCGGACGGUGGGUUUACCGGACGCUCGCCCGCAGGGUGGGGCGCGGACGGUGGGUUUACCGGACGCUCGCCCGCAGGGUGGGGCGCGGACGGGGAGUGUCGGUGGGUUUACCGGACGCUCGCCCGCAGGGUGGGGCGCGGACGGGGAGGGUCGGUGGGUUUACCGGACGCUCGCCCGCAGAGUGGGGCGCGGGUGGGUUUACCGGACACUCGCCCGCAGGGUGGGGCGAGGACGGCGAGUGUCGGUGGGUUUACCGGACGCUCGCCCGCAGGGUGGGGCGCGGGUGGGUUUACCGGACGCUCGCCCGCAGGGUGGGGCGCGGACGGUGGGUUUACCGGACGCUCGCCCGCAGGGUGGGGCGCGGACGGUGGGUUUACCGGACGCUCGCCCGCAGGGUGGGGCGCGGACGGUGGGUUUACCGGACGCUCGCCCGCAGGGUGGGGCGCGGACGGUGGGUUUACCGGACGCUCGCCCGCAGGGUGGGGCGCGGACGGGGAGUGUCGGUGGGUUUACCGGACGCUCGCCCGCAGGGUGGGGCGCGGACGGGGAGUGUCGGUGGGUUUACCGGACGCUCGCCCGCAGGGUGGGGCGCGGACGGGGAGUGUCGGUGGGUUUACCGGACGCUCGCCCGCAGGGUGGGGCGCGGACGGGGAGUGUCGGUGGGUUUACCGGACGCUCGCCCGCAGGGUGGGGCGCGGACGGGGAGUGUCGGUGGGUUUACCGGACGCUCGCCCGCAGGGUGGGGCGAGGACGGGGAGGGUCGGUGGGUUUACCGGACGCUCGCCCGCAGGGUGGGGCGAGGACGGUGAGGGUCGGUGGGUUUACCGGACACUCGCCCGCAGGGUGGGGCGCGGACGGGGAGUGUCGGUGGGUUUACCGGACACUCGCCCGCAGGGUGGGGCGCGGACGGGGAGUGUCGGUGGGUUUACCGGACACUCGCGUCCGCGAAUCAAAUCAUUUAACACCAUCACCCGCACUCGUGUCCCUACUCACUACCGUGUUUAA